GUGCUUUUCAACUUUUCAACAACAAGAAACUAGUAAUGCCCUUAGAUCACCCUCAGAUGUUUAUAAUGGAUAAGGGAUCUCAGCGAGUUAUGCUGAUCCUUCAGAAGUGAUGGACGAAGGAACUUUACUUUUUUUAAUUAAACUAAAAGAUUGGACUCAAGACAGUGUUAUUUUUAACAUUCCUAAAACACUGCACUGAAGCAGCUAAUAUCUUGUAUGUGACACCAUUUACUUCUACGUCUCACAAUAUGUUACUUUCACCGAUUGGUCUGGAGCUGGCUCGCAGGGGCCAUAAUGUUACUGUCAUAACAUCUCAUAGAGAAAAGCAUCCACCGCCGAAUUACAAUCAAGUCAUGGUGGAUGAUAUCAAAAUUUGGGAAGUGAUGAGUGGUGGAAGGCCCAACGUUUUCACUAUGACUGAUAUAACUGCAGAAGAAUUUCACCACAACGUUUUAUGGGACGCAGGACUAGCUUUUACUGAGGUUGUCUUGAAUUCAACUGAAGUCAGGGAUUUUUUAUCUAAAGACAAUGCCUUUGAAUUGGUUAUUAGUGAACAAUUCUUUCAAGAAGCGUUGUACAUGCUAGCCUACAAGUAUAAUGCACCUUUAGCAUUAGUAACGACUUUUGGAAACUGUAUGAGACACAAUAUAGCGGUGGCAAAUCCGUUACAACUGGCUACUGUCCUACCCGAAUUUCUUGAUGUGAAAGAACCUGGCAGCUUUUGGGGCAGACUAAGAAGUUUUUACUUUACUACAUAUGAGUAUAUAUAUUGGAGAUUUGUAUUUCUCAGAAAACAGGAGCAGCUUGUGGAAAGAUAUAUGCCCUAUUUACCUAAAGAGAGACCGAGUUUAUAUAAAUUACAACAGAACUGUUCUUUGAUGCUUACUAACAGUCACUUCACUUUUGACUCUCCCAUUGCUCUUUUACCAAAUAUAGUUGAGGUUGGAGGACUUCAUCUUACGCGCAGUAAUUUGACUCUACCAAAGAACCUACAAACACUUAUGGAUGACUCCACGCAUGGGAUUGUGUACAUGAACUUUGGGUCUAAUGUCAGAAGUGCAGAACUGCCAGUGGAAAAAAAGAAAGCAUUCCUAAACGUGUUCAGAAAGUUAAAACAGACAGUUAUCUGGAAAUGGGAGGAAGAUAUUCUAGAAGAUAAACCUAAGAAUUUAGUGACCCAGAAGUGGUUACCGCAGAAGGAAAUUCUCGCGCAUCCCAACGUCAAAGUUUUCAUAUCCCACGGUGGAUUAAUAGGGACGCAAGAAGCAAUAUUUAAUGGUGUACCUCUCAUCGGCGUUCCAAUAUACGCUGAUCAAUAUAACAAUUUACUGUUGGCCAAACAAGCAGGCUUUGGCGAAAUAUUGCAGUACCAUGACAUCAAUGAAGAAACAUUGGAGAAGGCUCUAAAUGAUGUGAUCAAUGAUGAAAAGUAUUUGAAAGCAGCGACGGAAGUUUCGCGAAGAUUCAAAGAUAGGCCUAUGGCACCUUUGGACACCGCCAUGUAUUGGUUAGAGUACGUUAUAAGAAACAACGGAGCAGAGUUUAUGAAGAAUCCUGCAAGCAAUAUGAGUUGGAUAGUAUAUAACAUGGUGGAUGUGUAUGCUUUCGUACUCAUAAUACUUCUUACAAUUUUAUUAAUUUCAGUUACACUGUUUAGUGCUAUUAUUCGAAAUAUUGUGGCUUUCAAUCAGAAUAAUGACAUUAAAAUUGAAAAAAUUUCGUAAUGGAAUUUCA